ACCAGAUCAGGAAAGGCGGUAUCCGUGCCGACCUCGUCGUUCGGUCCAAGCCUGAGGAUUCCGUCCACAUCGCUGCCAAUUGAACCUCUCGCUGUACCUCAAUUCCAACCCUACAAAAUGGUUGUCUACUACCAGAUCGCCGGCAAGAAGGUCGGCUCCCACGUUCUCGCCAUGGCCACCCUCGGCAGCAUUUUCGCCGGUUCUUGGCUCGCCGUUUCCGGUGGUGAGAAGCCCAAGACCGCUCAGGGUCCUCCCAUCAACGCCUCCUCUAAGGAUGAGGAGAACUUCGUUCAGAACUUCAUGAAGGAGGUUGAUGGCGGCGAGAAGAAGCCCGCCGCUAGUCACUAAACCACCCCUCGAUACGGAUUAUAUUGAUGGAGCGGUCGAACCUGAGCAGCUAGGAUUCUGAAUUCAAACAAGCUGCCUCCGCUCUCAUGCCAUUUUUAGCGCGCAGUGACGUGUAUCCGCCCUUCCGCAGCGAUUUUUGUGACCACGGUUUUUUCGA